AUGGGCCAACUACCACCCGAGCUCCAGCACUGUGCGUCCGAGCACUAUCACCCGCUAUCAAAACUGCUUUCGCGUAUGGCGCAGGAAUGCUUCAAUGACCUAGGUGAGAUGCUGACCAGCAUGGCCGAUAUCCCAUCCGCCCAACCAAAUGGCCUUCUCCCAAACGGUAUGGGCACCCAUACCGGCGUGAACAGCCUUCCGGACAACUCAGACGCCAACAGGCAGAAGAAGCUCCUGAUGAUGAAGUUUGCUCACGAUAACAGGGGCAAGUUCAUCAAAGUCCUUGUCUUAUUUGAGUGGGCACGAAAGGCCUCCCGAGACAUCGUGAAGAUGGUCGAUGUAAACCAAUGGAUUCAGGAACAAUUAGUUCAAGGCGAUCAUGUGACCUACGAUAUUUACCACACAAAAAUGGCUUUGGCCGGCAUGAGGCAACCCAACCCAGAUAUCAGGACAGCUUUGGAAAUAUUGUCUGCGGGGAAGGCCUCAUGGAUACCUGAUCUCGGCUUUAUUCCACCGGAACCCAUGUCUUCGGAGAAGUCGCGAAAAUUGUUAAGAUAUAUGAACACAUCCCUUGCGAUUCGGCUUAACAUCCAUGAGACCCUCCCACGACAUCUUCGAAACUGGCGCAUCGCGUCGGGACGGGCGUCCUUCGUAGUACCUGGAGAAUUCGAGCUCGAUGCGACAGCAUUCAGCGAAGAUGCAUCAGACCAGUGGCAUUUUAUUGAUAUACGGCUGCUCUUCUCCCCAGCGCCAAUUGUUGCGGCGGAUGGACAAUUCUAUGCCUUCGUCAAACGGCAACUUGACAGCAUUCUCAGGCAGUCCGGCCUAAGCGCCUGCUUUGACUUUCUACAUAAUUUCAUCUUAACACAUAAGGUUUCCAUUCUCAGGUCGCAAGCAUUCGACCUUCUUCGCGCCGACUGGGCUGGAGCGCUAAGAGUUGAACCGGUACAUCGGUCGCUCGUUGUGCAGUAUUGGUUGGAUAGGCCAGGAAGAAAGAGCUGGGUCGAAAUCGGAUUAUCAAGCGGAAGGUCAAGGAAUGACAAAACUUCGUGGAGAGGAUCGGGGGUAGCUUCUUUGGCAAUUCGUUGGUUCCGCCAGGGGGUUGAGGUUAAGGGUAUUGAUCUCAAAGUGGACUGGAACAACCUGUCCAUAGAGCGCAUCCUCAAGCGAGUCAUUGCGCUUCAUGUUGCUCAUCUUCUACGAAGCGCCCGAAAUCAGAUUACUCUCCGUCUCGCCCCCCGGUCAUGGACCAAAGUCAACUCGGUACUCUCCGAGACGGAGCCUUGUGACUGUUCCCUUGAACUGUCAUUAGGAACCCUUCAGAACAAAACAAGGGUUUCGAUAGACCCUGUUACUGGAAGGUUUGAGCUGCGUCCAUGCACUCCGCCUACAGCGAGGGCGGAACGCGCCAUAAACCAGUCAAAGGACCCCUUGGUUACUGUUAGCACCGCUCUUCCGCACCUCCUAUCAUCUUCAUUGCAGGAUCUCAUCCAACAAUGCGCCCACCGGCUCGGCUGGAAAUCAGCUACUCGAUACGCUCUAAGGGUCGAUACUGUCAAGCAUGCAGUCAAACUGGAUGUCAUGCAGUUUGCAUUGUAUGCCCCUCGUGGUUGGGCACCCAAAACUCCUGGCGGUAUGACGACGAAGUGGGCUUUGGCUGCUGUUAUAGACCCGGCUGGCGAGUCUUGGUGGAUCUUCGAACUUGGGUCUAGGGGCACGACUGUUGAAUUUGCUGAACAGGUUACAACGGAAAGCUUAGGGCAGCAUAAAUUGCCAACCAAUCAGAAGACACUCGCCAGCAUUGAGAGGAUUGCAGCGCAGUUCAUUUGCUUCCGCGUCACAGAUCGCGCCCUACAGAAGCGGGGCAUCCCGUCGUUCCUCGAACGUCAAUUAGCUUUGCGAUCUAUUACUCCACGAUCAGGGGCUUCUCAGGCUGCUUUGCAUGGUUGGGUAUUGCGGUUAAGGGCUCCGGAUCUACUGAACUCAAAGCCACACGACGAGCAAUGGAUUGAAUCCGGCCUUCGAAUCACAUGUCAUGGAUUUAGAACAGACUACCGCAACGUGUGGCAUAUUGUGUCUGGAACUAUGAUCAAAUCUGCAGACAUAGACAUGCAGAAGCUGAUGGCAGGCUCAACGCAAAAAGAUAUCACCUUCUCAGACAAUGGAGCAUUCUCGAUCCUCCUGUCUACGCCGUUCGGAGAGCCAAUCAUCAACCAAGUCACGGCACGGUUACGAGAGAUUGACCGGCUCCGCUCGUUUGCCAUCACGCUGAAAAAGCGGAAAAUGAAGCUUAGGGCUUCGUCGUUAGAGCAAGUUGAGUUCCAGUAUGGCAAAGACUCUAAAGCGACUGUCAACUUCAAUCAAAAAGGUGGGAUCAAAGUGGUCUUCCAAGACACAAAUCCGCAUUACAGAGUUCGGACGUUUCUAAAUAAUAUCAUCAACGAGAAGAGUCCGGGGCCACCAGCUCUACGCCAGGAUGACCACUCGGCAUUGGACCGGUUCUGCACAACACUCAUGUACACCCGCCCAAUGAUCCGCAUCAUUGAUGAGCUCCAAGCCGGGAACCCCGGCAAUGUGAAAGAUCCUGCCAUUCAUGCGCAUAGCAUGGGUACUUAUCGCUUCACGUACAACAACCCAAUGUGUUCCUUUGAUGUUCGCAUCCGACCGAAGCAAGAUGCGACGUAUUGGCACAUCGAGGACAAUGACGGGCAGGAAUCCCGCCCGAGUGCCGAGCGUAAUCCCAAUCAUAAGCGAAUCGAGAGCCUAAAGACGGCGCUCCAUGUGUUGUUCAGGAGCCAAGGGGAGGGCUGGAUUGGUGUCCGCUCUGGCAUCAUUGCAGAACUCGACGGUGUACCGAAUGCUUUGAAGAAGCUUCAGGAGACUGUGCUAAGUUGCGCUGUGGAAGGCGGGCCUGAGAAAAAUGACAAUGAGUCCUCGGCAACCCUUCCAAAUGGGAAGCCAAAGCCUCCAGAGAACGGUACUAUCGGUGUGGUGAACAUGCAGACGCAACACGACGUCAUUACAAUCGAUUGA